AUGGUGAGAAAAGAUAUUCGUGCAAAGAACGAGCGCAACGCUCGCAAUGCUCGUGAAGGAAAGACAAAACCAAGAGCAGCAUAUGCAGACCGAAUCGCAAAGAAGCCAGUCGUUAGCAAUACCGCUUUGAUCUUAAUCUGUUUCGUCGUAAUCGGAGGAGUGUUCUUUGAAUUGGCUCGAUUGUUCCUGUGA